AUGGAGACGCAUGUAAGAGCCAAACAAUGUCUACGGUAUGUUUGUAUUUCUGUUCUUUCGUCUUUCGUCAUUUGCGCCGUAUCUGCAGUUACUCACUAUUCUAUUCCGGAAGAGAUGGAAGAGAAUUCUGUUGUCGCAAAUCUGGCUGUUGAUUUGGGAUUGGAUGUAAAAACGCUGAGCAAAAGGAAAAUGCGUUUAGAUAUAAUUGCCAAUAAGAAAUACCUGGAAGUGAAGAAAGAGACGGGGGAAUUGUACAUAUUGGAACGGAUUGAUAGGGAAUAUCUUUGCAGUUCUAAAACAACCUGUUAUUUGAAACUGGAGAUAAUUUUAGAAAAUCCAGUGCGUAUAUUCAAUAUUGAAUUGGAGAUCAUGGAUAUAAAUGACAACGCUCCUAAUUUCAGAAGAGAUACUAUCAAUUUGGAUAUUUCUGAAUCUACCGCAGAAGGAGAGAGGUUUUCCAUCAGUAAUGCCUUUGAUCCUGACAUUGGUACAAAUUCCAUCAAAACGUACCAUUUGAGUGAAAACAAUAACUUCGAUAUUGAAAUACAGACAGGUAGAGACGGUUCUAAAUUUGCUGAUUUAAUUCUAAAAAAGGCUUUAGAUCGAGAAAAACAGCCUGUUCAUAAUCUGACACUCACCGCUGUAGAUGGAGGGAUACCGGCGCGCUCCGGUACAGCCAGCAUUAUUGUUCGUGUACUGGAUACGAAUGACAACGCCCCCCAGUUUGACAAAGAACAAUACACAAUAAAUUUACCCGAAAAUGUUCCGAUUGGAAGCCUUGUAGUCAAACUGAACGCUACGGAUUUAGACGAGGGCACUAAUUCAAAUAUUAUGUAUUCUUUUAGCUUGUAUACAUCAGAGAAAACACAGCAGACGUUUAGUUUAAAUCCGAGUAACGGCGAGAUCAGAAUAAAGGAAAUGAUAAACUAUGAAGAUUUUAGAAUAUAUGAUAUGGAAGUUAUCGCAAAAGAUAAAGGGACUAAUUCUUUAUCUGGGCAAUGUAAGAUAACAAUUUUAGUAACCGAUAUGAACGACAAUCAUCCUGUAAUUUCCAUCAAAUCAUUUCAGAGUCCUCUUAAAGAGGAUGUUGCUUUAGAUACAGUCAUCGCGGUUGUAAGUGUCAGUGAUAAAGAUUCUGGUGAGAACGGGGUUGUUGACAUACAUAUUCCUAAUCAGCUACCUUUUGAGCUAAAGGAAUCCUCUGAUAAUUACUACGAGUUAGUAGUCUCACAACAUUUGGAUAGAGAGAAAGUUCCUGAAUACUACAUUACUAUAACCGUCACAGACAGAGGUUCCCCACCGUUAUCUGAUAAUGAAACAAUCGUUUUAGAACUGUUAGACGUAAACGACAACGUGCCUCAGUUCUCUCAGUCCUUUUACACUAUACCUGUGAUGGAGAAUAACGCACCAGGGGCGUUACUGAGUUCACUCACUGCUUUAGACCCUGACCUUCAUGAAAAUCAAUAUCUAGUUUAUUUUAUCAUCGAAAAGGAAAUAGUGAACACCUCCAUGUCCAUGCUAUUCUCUAUAAAUCCAGAGAACGGUAACCUUUACGCGUUAAAGACGUUUGAUUAUGAAAUAGAGAAGGAAUUCCUUUUCCAUAUUGAAGCUAGAGACUCUGGCGUUCCUCCACUCGGCAGUAAUGCGACUGUUCACGUUAUCAUUAUGGACCAGAACGACAACGCACCACUUAUAGUGUCUCCUUGGCGUGCGCAUGGCUUCGUGGUGGAAGAAAAGAUCCCUAGGUCAACCGACAAAGGAACUCUGAUAGCCAAAGUGAUAGCCAUCGACACAGACUCAACACAGAACUCCCGGAUUACUUAUCAGUUUUUACAGAAUACCGACGCCACCUUGUUUAGUCUGGACCAAUACAACGGUGAAAUUCGUACUAUGAGAAUGUUCAGUUAUAGAGAUGCGCGUCACCAGCGGUUGGUGGUGAUCGCCAAGGACAACGGAGAGCCUGCGCUCUCUGCUACAGUCACCAUCAAACUGUCCACAGUGGAGACUGCACUUAAAGCCUAUUCAGACAUGUCGGAGGUGCCUUUAGAGUAUGACAUCUUUUCAGAUUUGAAUCUGUAUUUGGUGAUUGGAUUGGGCUCGGUAUCAUUUCUUUUACUCAUCACCAUAUUGGUCACCAUCGUGCUGAAGUGUCAAAAACCGAAGCCCAGUAAAGCAGCUGCUCCCUGCAGGAACAGUGUGAUCAGUGAGAGGAACUCAACCAUUGCAGAUUCCACUCUGGUCUCCAACGAUGCAUACUGGUACAGUUUGUUUCUGGCGGAGACAAGAAAAGGCAAGUUAGUAGUGAGACAGCCUGUACCAAAGGGGGCGAGGUAUAUUGUGUCCAGUAUCCCAAGGAGCACUGGACCAACAGAGACCAGCGACUCAGCUGCUUCCACACUACAGGUAAGGUACAAAUCUCCAGUGGUAUAA